AACAAACAUUAGUUCAGAUCGACAGAAGAUGCAGUCGGACGAGGAUCCCACGAUCGUCGUCGCCCCUAAAUCAACACAACAACAGUCGGACGAGGAGAUGUGAGCUUUUAUUGACAAACUCUUCAUGCAAACUGCACCUACUAUCAAGAAGAAGAAGAAGAAGAGCUUUUAUUGUUCCUGAUAAAGACUAGUGAUUAUGUUGCAGGCAUUUUGCAUAGCCAGCAAGCGCGGAGAAGUUCUCUUUGCAUCAUUAUUUGAACCCAAACUGACAAAGGCCAUCUUUCAUCCCUUUUUGACGGAACUCUCAUCUUCGCCCCAUGGGGAUCCACCUCCUGCUUUUGUAAGUGUUGAGAAGACCAAAGAUGGGCAGAACUAUGUGUAUGUGUUCCGUGAUGACCUCUACUGGGUGUGUGUGUUGGGCAAAGGCAGUCUUCUGGAGUUGUGUGGACAUCUCUUGGUAACGGAGAGUUUGUGCCAGUUGCACCGGAUAUGUUCUGUCCUGUGUGGUGCUCUCACUCAACACAGUAUCACAGCCAACACAGCACUCAUCUCAGAAGUUGUGCACGAGACCAUGAAUGGUGGGUUCCUUCAACUACAGACUCCAGACAAACUCCAGGCACACAUUUACAGCAGCGUUGUGUCAGCCAAGGAGAGCUCUGCUGUGAGUGCAGCUCCAGGACUGUUUGGAUUGGAAAAGUCUGCACCUAGCACUGCUUCACAACAGUCUGCAUUUGCUGUGGACACUGGCAAGAGAGAGUUAUAUGUGGAUGUGGUGGAGAAAGUGUGGGCUUCUGUAGCAUCUGGCGGCACUGUGAUACGAGCAGAGGUGACAGGUUCCAUCCUGGCCCGCUGCUUCUUGCCUGGCAACCCGACACUGACUCUCACCCUUAACACACGGCUUUCAACUACUCCAGAAGAAGGUUUUAACACUGGAACACGAAUGUCAGAAGUUGAGUUUGGUAGUGGUGUGGAUGUAUGCAACAAGGAAGGUGGCCAGCAAUUUAGUGUAAUGACUCUGCCAGGUCAAGAAAUUACCAUUGUACGCUACAUUUUAGCACCAGACCAUCCCCAUCUACUACCAUUUACUCUCACUGCUUCCUCACAAUCUCUCACUCCAAGUGAUGCAGAGCUAAGAUUGAAGCUAACAAGCAAUACAGGAAUGGGCACCAUAGCGCCGCAGGUGACCUUUCGAACAGUUGCUCCUCCCACCACAGCUGCUGUCAUGUCAAGAACCUCUGGACCUCGGGAGCAGAGUGUGCACUUCUCACCUGACAAUAAAACUAUCACUUGGACAAUCACUCAGUUCCCAGGAGGCAGCUAUGCGCAAGCAUUCAUUCGACUAGUUGACUCUGGAGGGAAUGCAACUGUUGAAUCUGGGGAGCUGGAAUUUGAAGUGUCACGAUGGGUAUGUUCUGGAGUUAGAAUAGAGUGUGUCAAACUGAAUCCUCCAACCAACAACCUCAACAAGUGGGUACGUUACCUCACAACCUCUGAUAGCGUCAGUGUUCGCCUAACUUGAUGUCCUCAUCAGAUGCUAAUGUGUAUACAUAUGGUGCUUUAUUGCUUUAAUAUUGUAUGAUGCAUUUUUGUUAUUCAAUAUUAAACCCAAGUGCUUUC